AGAAUUCGACCUCGCAUACCAUCGCUGUAAAUUUCGCGCAGCCCCGGUAACUAAAGCAAGGGCACAAUAACUGACAGUGCUAGGAAGGAAUGGCGAAGAAAAAUAUGUUUCGUUUUUAGUACGCGACGAUUCUUUACCGUAAGUGCUUUUGAAAGUACUUUUAGUCAUUAGCCGAAUGUUGAGCGACACGUAAUAGCACAGUGUAGCUACAUUAACCUCACCUCAUCAAUAGCUUACUUUGAGUUUAACUUCCGCGUCGAGUCCGUUGUAUCGCUGAGGUUUAAUCUAUUGGACGCCCUGAUAUCUGCCAGACUUAUUUUGCUUGUAAACACGUCAAUGCAGUCUUGUCUCUGCUGUAUGAGGAAUGAAGAAGACACAUAAUGGGUGCAACUCAGAGCUCUGAUAUGGCCGCCUCGAGUCGAAGUCUGUCUUCAGGUCCUAUCAUGUCCAGCUCGCUGCCUAAGUUCCCUAUUCCCAUAGAAGUCCUGGAGGAGAUCUUCAUUAAUCUCCCCCCAGAUCAGGUGGUUCAGAUUUGUCGGUUAGUGUGUCGUCAAUGGAAAGACAUUGCUGACAGCCAGUCUUUAUGGAGAGACAGAUGCAGGAGAGAAGGCUACCACCUCCGUGAUGUUUCGAAAGUACCCAAAGACUGGAGGUUAUUUUACUUCUUGUGCAGGAAAAGACGGAAUCUUCUCAAGAACCCAAGAGCAGAAGAUAAAAUGAGGGGUUGGCAAAUACUGGAGAACAGCGGGGACCGAUGGAAAGUAGAGGGUGUCAUGGUGCCACAUCCCAAUGAAAUGGUCAAGAAAAACUUUGUGACUUCGUAUGGCAUGUGCAGGAAGUCCCAGCUGAUUGAUUUGGAGAUGGAAGGUUAUAAUGCAUCAUUCAUGGAUCACUUCCAGCCAGACAUCAAAAUAUCAGAUUGGUAUGCUCCUCGCUGGGACUGUGGCUGUCAAUUCAAGAUUCACGUGGAGCUGCUGAAUCAAAAGAAGAAGCCAAUUCAGAUCUUUUCCCCUGAGGAGAUUUAUUUUGAGCAAUGGAGCGAUCCUAAAUGGAAUCAGAUAACACACAUGUUCCAGAACUAUGGGCCAGGAGUGAGAUACAUCCGCUUUAUCCAUGGAGGCAAAGACACACAGUUCUGGGCUGGGUGGUAUGGAAUUCGCCUUACAGACAGCUGUGUUGAGAUAUGCCCUGCAAUGGACACAUAGCUCUUAUAGGGGUCAGCUAAUACCUGGUUCCUGCCUUUUGCCUAAUAAAGUAUUGCACUAUUUUUGCAAACAUCACAAAGUUAUAUUAUCAUUCUCCUCACUGAAAUAUCCUAUUUAGGAACAUUCCACUUCUUUAAUGCGUUGGCAGACACUACGAAUCAAAAAAUCAGCUGUUAUUUUGCUGUCAUCGAGUGACACCAUCAGUCAUUUAAGACAACAGAAAAGAGAGAACAUGCUGGGAGUGAAUGUCUAAUGAAGUAAUUUUAGGUCUCAUGUUGUUAGCUGGAACGCUGCAUGAUUAAAAAACAGAAACUACAACGGAAAUAGGAAUAUAUCUACUGUUCUGACAUCACUUAAGCCAGGGGUGUCCAAAUGCUUUCCAGAAAAAUCAAAGGAUGCGGGGAGCCACUUUGAUAUUUUUUAAAUAUUUAUUUUACAAAACUGCUAAAAAAAAAAACAAAACAAAAAACAUUGAUAUAUACUUAAAGCCAAAGCUUUGUUACUAUUAGUAUCAACAUGUCUUUUUUUUUUUUCUUUACAUUGUGCCUUUUUUUGUGGGGGGUUUUUGCGAUUUUUUUUUUUUUUUUUUUUUACAACGUUCUGCGGGCCAAUAAUAAGUGAGUCACACUUUGGACACGCCUGACUUAAGCUAUUCAGUAAAUACUACAAAGUCAGGUUUAUGUACAAAGCUAGUAAUUUAUGUUACACCACAAAUGUUGAAAGUCCCAGAGUGACGUACUUAGACUCAAAUUUUCCAACCUCAGACACUUUUUACACAUUCUUCCUCAUCACAUCAAAAUUUUGUUACUGCAACUAAAUGCUACAAAUAUGGUGUGCAUCUUUUUGGUCUCUUAAAAGGGACAUUUUGAUGUUUAGUUGCAGUUACGUAAUCUUCAGCAGCUGAAGUUUAGGCUGAAUACUAUACAACACUCGUAAUUGAAAACGAUAAAACUGCAUUAACUGUGUGGAACGAUGCAAAUCCUUAAACUUCAAUACAUCUUUAGAGACCUUGGAAGUCGUUAAAGGCUAUGUAAUCACCUUUUUUACAUUGAGAUGUUGGCUUGAUUGUAUUUGGCAAUUGUGGCUCUAAAUGAGUUCUGUGUUUACCCACUGAACGGAAACCUAUAGAAUGUGCAAUGGUUGCUUUGCCACCAGCAAUGAUGUCCUUUGUACUUCAUUAGCAAUGUUAUGAUGAAAAGUCUGAUAAAUUACCCGUUGUGUUCCAAAUCUGAGGUAAAUGUGCUUUCUUUCUAGGCUGCGUUUAUUACUCUGCACUAACUUGUCAAGUAUAUGUUUGAUGUAUGUAUUACAGGAAUGUGCUACUGUUAUUCCAGUUCAUUGGGACAAACAUUCAUACAUCACUGUUGAACCUUUUGCACCAUUAAGUAAGACGACACAUUGCA